AUGAAUGUCCAACAGACAAGAUGCAUGUUUGCUUUUGCGGUCUACAGGCACAUUUUAAAAAAGAAUACUUCAAAAAUAAAAAAAAAUAGGCGAUUUUGGGUUCACCUGAUGUUGCUUCAAAGACCUCUUAGAGGCGCUUUUGCAACCCUUUUUUCUGAAUUAAGAGACCACGAGGAGAAAUUCUUUAAUUAUUUCAGAAUGUCGAUAAAAUCGUUUGAUGAACUACUUUCAAAGUUAGAAAAGGGGCUAACCGUAAAUAGUAACUUUCGCGUACCUAUUUCACCGACAGAAAGGCUGUGCAUAACAUUAAGAUACUUAGCAUCGGGUAAUUCAUUCACAGACCUUCAUUACUCCUAUAGAAUGGGAAUAUCUACUAUUAGUAAAAUAGUAGAAGAUGUAUGCAGCGAAUUAUGGGGACUUAAAUCUGAAAUUAUGGCUUUGCCGGAUCAGCAAAAGUGGAAAGAAAUUGCUUUGGGUUUUGAAAACGAUGCUAACUUUGUAAAUUGCAUCGGCGCUUUGGACGGAAAACAUAUUCGCUUAAUCAAACCAAUCCAGAGUGGAUCAGAUUUUUAUAAUUACAAACAUUACUAUUCAAUAGUUCUUAUGGCUAUUUGUGAUGCAAAUUAUUGUUUUACUUUUAUUGAUGUGGGAGCUCAAGGAAAGUUUUGUGAUUCAACAGUCUUUAAAAANUUUUUAUUGAUCCAUGAUAAUGGUGAUUAG